AGUUAAGUAGUAUUUUUGAGUUGACCUGCACUGUGAGUUUGAUUUUAAAAUAUAAUGGCUCGUACGAAACAAACUGCUCGUAAGUCAACUGGUGGUAAAGCACCUCGAAAGCAAUUAGCAACAAAAGCUGCGCGUAAAAGUGCACCUGCAACAGGAGGAGUAAAGAAACCACAUCGUUAUCGUCCUGGAACUGUUGCUCUUCGUGAAAUUCGAAGAUAUCAAAAAAGUACCGAACUUCUGAUUCGUAAAUUACCUUUUCAAAGACUCGUUCGCGAAAUUGCGCAAGAUUUUAAAACUGAUCUACGUUUUCAAAGUUCAGCAGUUAUGGCACUUCAAGAAGCUAGUGAAGCUUAUUUAGUUGGUUUAUUUGAGGAUACAAAUCUUUGUGCCAUUCAUGCUAAAAGAGUUACUAUUAUGCCAAAAGAUAUACAGCUAGCACGUAGAAUUCGUGGAGAAAGAGCUUAAGUUGUUCUGACAGUAAAAAAAAAAACGGCCCUUUUCAGGGCCAA